ACCAAUCCGAAUCAAAGAAGAAGUGGAAAAGAGAUUUAAGCAAAACGUAGGGCUUUUCUCGUCGUCUUUUCUCUGCAGUUAUUGGCUAACAGAGCUUUCUGUCGAAGACAACCAAAAGUUCAAUAAUGGCGAACUCAAUGGCAAGGUCAUUCCUUCAGGUUGCAGCAACGGAGGAGGUUGCUUCUCCUCUCCGAGUUGUCCAGAUCGAAGGACUGGUGAUAUUAAAAAUAAUCAAACACUGCAAGGAGUUUUCACCUGCACUUGUUACCGGCCAGCUUCUUGGAUUAGAUGUUGGCACUGUCCUUGAAGUUACUAACUGUUUCCCUUUUCCGAUCCGUGAGGAAGACGAAGAGAUUGAAGCUGAUGGAGCUAAUUAUCAGCUUGAGAUGAUGAGAUGUCUGAGGGAGGUUAAUGUUGAUAACAACACUGUUGGAUGGUACCAAUCAACAAUUUUGGGGUCAUACCAGACAGUGGAGUUGAUUGAGACCUUCAUGAAUUAUCAGGAGAAUAUUAGGAGGUGUGUGUGUAUUAUCUAUGAUCCUUCAAGAUCUAAUCAAGGUGUCUUGGCUUUCAAGGCUUUGAAGCUAUCUGAUUCUUUCAUGGAACUUUAUCGGGCUAAAAACUUUACUGGAGAGAAGCUGAGGGAGAAAAACUUGUCAUGGGUGGAUAUUUUUGAGGAAAUUCCUAUCAAAGUCUCAAAUUCUGCCCUUAUCAGUGCCUUUAUGACCGAGCUGGAAUCUGAUACGCCAGUCACACAGUGUGAUCAUGACCGUCUGCAAUUGUCAACUAAACCAUUUAUGGAGAGGAAUAUGGAAUUUUUGAUUGAAUGCAUGGAUGAUUUGUCAAUGGAACAGCAAAAGUUUCAAUUUUACUACAGGAGCCUGUCACGUCAACAAGUCCAGCAACAGGCAUGGCUUCAGAAAAGAAGGGCAGAGAACAUGGCCCGAAAAGCUGCUGGGGAGGAGCCUUUGCCUGAGGAGGACCCCUCAAAUCCCAUCUUCAAGCCGAUCCCUGAGCCAUCACGGUUGGAGGGCUUUCUCAUAACAAAUCAAAUUGCUAACUACUGCAACCAAAUCAAUGCGGUUGCUGGGCAGAGUUUCAACAGAUUGUACUUAAUGAAGUCCUUGCACGAUAAGUGAUGCGAAACUUUCGAUGUUUGUUGUCUGCAUUUUUGCUAGUAGAGGUGCAUUAUCUGGAGUAGUGUUACAAGAAUAAUUCCUCGUAAAAUUAUUCAUAUAGGCUAUCGAAAGUUAGAUUCACCUAUUGGUUGGUAAACUUAUUUACUGCACAUAAGGUGCAGGUACAAUUUUGGAAAUUGAAGUAAUCAAUAAUCAGUAAUUAAG